GUUUGUACGUCGUGGUGUACCGUCCUGUAGCAGGCCCGUGGGAUAAAUUAGCAAACAAGGGGUAAAUUACACGUUGUCAUUGACUAGCGUCGGCGUAGCUCCAGGCUAACGCUAGCUGCUAACUGACGUACAGACUCAAAGUUUAGGAGCUAUGUUCUCAGUCAUUGUUAAAGCAGCUUUCACAAAAUACGGAGGUUUGCAGCUGCCCAGUCGCACGGUGCUCAGGGCCAUGUCGUCUUCUGGCAACCCCACCCCUCUUUACACCACCUUGGCCAUCAGUCACCCUGCAGAGUCCAUCACACACGUGGAACUUCACCGCCCCGACAAGCGCAACAGCAUGAACAAAGCUUUCUCGAGCGAGAUGGUGGACUGCUUUAACGCGAUCACUGGAGACCCAGACUGCAGAGUGGUGGUGGUUUCUGGAGCAGGAAAGAUCUUCACCUCCGGAAUCGACCUGAUGGACUUGGCCGGUGACAUCCUGCAGCCAGAGGGCGAAGACACAGCCAGAAUUUCCUGGAACUUGAGAAGAAUCAUCACCAAGUAUCAGGAAACGUUCUCCGUCAUAGAGAAGUGUCCAAAGCCUGUUGUGGUGGCUGUUCACGGAGCCUGUAUUGGAGCAGGUGUCGACUUGAUCACAGCCUGCGACAUUCGGCUGUGUACCCAGGACGCCUGGUUCCAGGUGAAGGAAGUGGACAUUGGACUCGCAGCAGACGUCGGGACUCUCCAGAGGCUUCCUAAAGUCUUCGGCAGCCGCAGCCUGGUGAAUGAGUUGGCACUGACCGCUAGGAAGAUGUAUUCAGACGAGGCCAAGAGCAGCGGACUGGUCAGCCGAGUGUUUGCAGACAAGGAGGCCAUGAUGGCCGGAGCUCUGGAGAUGGCCGGGGAGAUUGCUGGUCGUAGCCCCGUCGCUGUGCAGGGCACCAAAGUCAACCUGAUCUACUCCCGAGACCACGGUGUGGCAGAGGGACUGGACUACAUGGCCACGUGGAACAUGAGCAUGCUUCAGACUCAGGAUGUGAUAAAAUCAGCACAGGCCGCCAUGGAGAAGAAGAGUCCCAAGACUGUAGCUUAUUCCAAACUCUAACUGUGACUGAGGUAAAGUUCAGAUUAGCUCAAACGCUGCUGUUUUAUUCCUCCAUUGUGGCCUUUUGUGUGGAAGGGAACAUGUUUCUGUUUGUCUAGACUGAGACUGUGAUAAUAGAACUAAAAGUGAGGCUUUAAUUCCUGUUCAACUAUUGUGAGCAGAUGGGACUGGAAGACUAUGAUUUACUGUCUCAGAAUCCAGAUUGUGGCUACGAAGGGAAUACAGAUACAAGGACAAUAUCCAAUUAUGAUAGUAAAUCAUAAUUACAAGAAAAGAUCCCUUUUUUUUUCCCUUUGGUGAAUGCAAUGCCCUUCUGUAGUUUGUCCAUUACUGUUUGAGCAGUUUUUGAUAAUAGGAUGCUAUAUGCUGCAUCGACACGAAACUAUUAAAAAAAAAAAAAUUAGGUUAAGAACAGACAGAGACCAAGCCAACAGUUGCUUCACCUCCAUGGGAACAAGAAAGUGGCUAACUAGCAUGUGUGUUCUGUGCCUGUGUGAGUGGCGACAACGCUCCACACCAGCAGGUGGCAGUACUCUGUAUUAGUCUUUCAAAAAAAGGAAAGGACGACGAACUAGGACUGCAGAUCUCAUACUGCUGACAACCCCAAAGCUGUUUGCAACUCCUUAGACACUUGAUUAGUAACAGGUCAUGAAUGAUGAUGAGGCUAUGCAGCAGUCUGCCUUCGUUGCCACUAGUUCCUUGAUGUUGGCUUGGUAUGUCAGUCCUAGGAUCAGCAAUAAAUGACUGUUUUAUAUUCCCCUGCAGCAACGUGCACUUGGCAUGAGCUGAAUCUGAACUGACCUCACUCGUCCCUGUGUGAACUCUGCUUUUGUGGAUUUGUUCUGGGUUCAUUGCUGUAACAGCUGGUUUUAUAUGACUGUAAAUGACUUCAUGAAUCUUAUUAAACUCAAUUGAAAAGUUA